AUGCAACGUACAAAGCCCCAUACUCCAGUUCGAACCCCAUCUGACAAUGUUAGCCAACGGGUUGGAAAUGCUAAUAACCAAAACAGCAAUUCAAAUGCUGUUACAGCUACUAGUAAUAACGUUUCGAAUGUAGAUCUUCGAGAGUCACAGCAACAAAAAGGUUUGGAAUGGGCACUUGGACUCACAAUCAGGGUAAAAACUGUAACUGAUGACGAGUAUGAAGGACAGAUUUAUGCAUACGAUCCGAAGACCAACUGCACCCCAUCUGCGUCUACUCCUUCUGAUUCAGGCGUUUCCCAAAAAUAUGAUUUUCGAAUUUUAAAGAUCAGUUUCCUCAAGGAAGCGGUUCAACUUCCAAACCGUAAAUCCUCAAUCGAUACUAAUGUUACAAAUUUGAACAGCUCUGCGACAAAUGGUCAAAGUGCAAACAAUAGCAUUUUUUCGACAUUCGUUCCAUCAGUGGGGUUUGUACCGAUGGAUAGAAUUCAAACUAGAGAGAUACAGGCCGUAAAGGAAACACAAGCUGCGUUAGCAAGAAUUGGAGUUGGAGUGACACAGGAAGCACAAGAUAUUUUUGAUGCAUUGAGCAAGACGUUACCUUGUAGGUGGUCUAAAGAGACAAUUAUCGUUUUGGAUGAGGUGAUUAUUAACCCUCCAUACGAUAUAGAUAAUUGUAAAGCAAAUCAAAGUGCUACUGGCUCACUAGCACGGGUUAGGAAAGUGCUGGAAGGAGAAAAAAGAAGAUUAGCGAGUGGACGAAAAUAA